UUAUGUCAAAUAUCGAAUUCUCAAAUAGUUUUCUGGCGCGGCCGGCGUAUUAUUAUUGUUGAUGCAAAAUGUGUACUUUUGCUUAUGUUGCAUUUUGUAUUGCAUUAUAGGAAGACGGAAAAGAUUACGUAAUUUUUAUGUUCUACUCAAGAACUGCAUUUAAUUUCAACCUCAUUUAUAUAUCUGCUCAAUAAACAAAAUGGUGGUAACCCUUAUGUUAUGCGGAGUUCCGUACCAUAUGAGUUUAGUAGAUUUGGCAUUCUAUUUCAACAAAGUUUUUGAUACGGAUGAGAUUGGUAAUUUCAAAGCCAGAGAGGGGUUGACGACGGACAAUAAAAGAAAUGUGGCUUUAGACUUUUCAUCAGGCUUCGACGCUAUGUCUGCACAACAAAUCCUUAAUGGAUACAAUUUUUUUACUGAUGGAAGACACUACAAACUUAGUGCAAGAGUCGUCAUUGAUCCUAUGGCUACAAGGAAUACUGAAACUCGUUUGGAGUGUUAUCGGAGACCUGGAGAGAUGGAGAGCCCUAAUGACGAAAGAGCCCUCGCCCGCAGCAAGAAGGAUGUUACUGGCUCUCCUAAACAUGAUAUUGAACUAGAUACUUUUCAGGCGGAACUUACAAUGCUGCAAGAUCAGCUUCAGAAACUCAAAAAAGAAAGGAAAAUUUUAAAAACCAAAAAAAAGUUGAAGAAGGAGUUGGAAAAGAAACGUAAGGAUGAAUUAGAAUUGAAAGCGAUAAAAGUGAACUCUGACGAAGCUCCAGAAUCAUCCACUUCAAAGCGAAAACCGCUUUGGGAGGCUGGAGAAAGCCGCCGCUCAAGGUCAAGGAAAAGACGUAAAACGUCUUCUACCAGUCCACCUAGUUCAAAUAAGAAGUCGAAAAAAAGAAAGACUAGUCCCAUUUCCAAACCAAAGACGCCUGAAUUAACUCAUAAAGAUACUACUAGACGAUCUCUUUCCAAAAAUUGUAGUAAAAGCUGCUCAACGGGUUGUCGAUGCAAAUCCUGUUCUAAACGAAAGUCUUCUUCGUCAAGUUCACCCUCUGAUUCUUCUCGAAAACGGUCCCCUAGAAGGUCCCGUAUCCUGCGCUCCCCAUUGCACAAAUCUUCCCGCGAGGCUCCUCGCUCGCGAACUCCGCGAAAGUCGCCUUAUAGACAAGACUCUUCUCAAAAGUCCACUUACAAGCAACCUUUUCGCUCUCCAUCGCGAAAGUCCUCUUACAGACGCAUCUCUCCUCACUCCCGAACUCCUCUACAAAAGUCUCCUUACAGACGGGUCUUUCCUCCGUCCCGAUCUCCACGAAAGUCGCCUUACAGACGGGUCUCUCCUCCCUCCCGGUCUCCUCCACGAAAGUCGCCUUACAGACGGGUCUCUCCUCGCUCCCGGUCUCCUCCACAAAAGUCUUUUUACAGACGGGUCUCUCCUCCCUCCCGGUCUCCUCCACGAAAGUCUCCUUACAGACGGGUCUCUCCUCCCUCCCGAUCUCCUCCACGAAAGUCUCCUUACAGACGAGUCUCUCCUCGCUCCCGAUCUCCUCCACAAAAGUCUCCUUACAGACGGGUCUCGCCUCGCUCCCCAUCUCCGCCACGAAAGUCUCCUUACAGAAGGGUCUCGCCUCGCUCCCGAUCUCCUCCACGAAAGUCUCCUUACAGACGGGUCUCUCCUCGCUCCCGAUCUCCUUCACGAAAGCCUCCUUACAGACGGAUCUCCACUCGUCAGUCGCCCCUACGUUAUUCGCCUUCACGAAGAUCCCCUGAUCGACGCAAGUCUCCGAAAACAUCCCCAUUACAUAAAUCUGUUCGUCAUUACACUCCGCCGCGCAAAUCCUCAUCACGCAACCGGUCCCCUCGCCCUUAUUCUCCUAAUUAUAAUUUCAGGCGUUUUUUGCGUGCGAGUGUAUCACCUUACAGCCGCCGUAGAUCUCCUAGAGGUCCUAGUUCCCCUCAGCGCAUAUCCACUUACAAAAGCUGUUCCCCACGUAGAUCUCUAGAAGACACACUCCCCAGAAAAUCACAUUUAAAACACCGAUCCCCUUCACCCUACUCCGCUUAUAAAUUCGAAUCUACGUUCCGUUCUUCAAGACGCUGCUCCCCUAUAGAUACGUCUCCAUACGGUCGAUAUUCUCCUACAAGAUCUUUCGACCGAUCUCGUUAUUCACCGUCGGAUAGAAUUUACGGCGAGUAUAACGGAAGACCAGCUCAGUGGAGAUUGAAAAGUCCUUACAGCUCUAACAAUGAAGUGGUGUACGUAAACAGAGACGGAAUUGAUUAUGAUGUACCUUCAACGUCUAAAGUCCACUAUGAACCAUCAGAUAAAUAUGAUGACCAGACACAAGCAUUUGAUGGUAAACCUGGUGCAAGGAUAAUAGAAUUAGGUGAUAAUCAUUUAAAUGGUGCUGAUGCGAAGUCUUGGAGAGAAGUUGACGAGGUAGUUGAAAAUGCCGACUUGGAAGAUGAGAAAUCAAAUUCGUCCAAUGAUGUUAAUGAUUCGUCGCCAGACGUAGAACGAAUCAACCUAAUUAUAUCUAUGAAUGUCGUAAAAAAUACAAACUCUGCUAAAACAAAUGUUGCGUCACCCAAAGAUAAUAACAGCGAAAACUUUGAAGAUAAAGAAACUGAAAAUAAUACCAUUAAUGAAGCCGAAUCUCGUAACGAACAAAACUCUGAAGAAGUUAAGACUGAAAAAAUAGACUGCGAUGAUCAAACCCAAAACGAAACGGAAACUUCUAACAGUGUUACUAUUAAAAAAGAAAGUAUUGAAGAAAAUACGACUACUAUCAAAAAAGAAAACGUAAACAACAUAAGUGAAAUUAUAGACAUUUGUUCCAAUUCAGAAGAUGAAGCGCCCGACAUAGUAAACAAAGUAAAUUCCGCUCCGGUUAAUAUUGUAAAAGAGGCAAAUCAAUACCAGAAUAAACCAUUCGAUAAAAAAGUGCAUACUAGUCCAAAAUUUGUUAUGCCAAUCAUAAAACUGCUUAAACAAAUGAAAGAAUGUACAAAAAAUAUUGAUGAAAAUAUAAAGAAAAAUUUAAUAUAUGUGGUUAAGUUGAAACUAAGGGACCGGCUCAAAGAAAUAAUGAAAGACGUAAAUGUAUACAUAUCUUCACAAGCAAUUUGCAAGUUAUAUAGAAGUCAAUAUUCUUUAGCACAAGACAAGGAAUUCAUUGCCCAUACGUUGAAAGAUAUAGAAAGUGGCAUGUAUAACAACUUGCUUAUCCGCUUAAAGGAACAGAAAUCAACAAAACCGAAAGCACCAAUUCCUAAACCACCAAAAAUAGGUUCAGGUUUGAAACAAAUAAUCGAGUAUCUAAAGGAUUUAGGGAAAGAAAACGUGAAUGGAGUAAAUGAUGUUUCAACGACGGAAAUGAUAGAAUGUCAGAAGAGUAAUACUACUGAAUUGGUAGAAGAUAAUGUAGAUAACAUUCUGCAGAACAAAACAGACGAUGAUGUGGUGUUUUUGGAGAACAAAUGUGACGUUAUUGAGAUCUCGGACAGUGAAGAUGAACGUGAGAAUACAGUUCCGUUGAACACUGAGAAUACCAUACCUUUGAAGGGGCAGUGUUUAAACGAGCAAACCGACCAAAAUAUGGAGGAUGGGGAUAAAACCGUUAAAAUUAAAAUUGAGGAUGUCGGAGCGAGCAGAAAUGUAGAACUGUCCAAACGUAAAGACCAUGAAAAAUCCUCAUUGGACACAGAUAACUCCUUCAAGAGCAAAACUGCUACUAAUGUAAAACAUAGCGGAAAUUAUAAUAACAAAUCAAAGAAAAUAAUAACCAAUGACAAAAUUCAGAAUAAAAAGUUAGCUUUAAGAGAAAAUAAUAUAAGAAUUGACAAUAUACAGGGUGGUAUUAAAAAAAACGAAACGAGUCAUGUCGAACGUACCAAAGAUACUAAUAAUUGUAAAAGUACAAACGUAACAGAACCAAAAACAAACGUUUUAGUGACCAAUGUUGAUUCUACGGAGAUCAAAGUAGAAAGUCUUCUAUACUUUGAUGAAGUUAUACAAGGUUAUUCAAACCUUAAUGACCAAGUAAAACUUGAACCGGUUUAUGAGAAAAACACAUCCAGACUAGCUGAUAAAUCCCUAAGUUUGGUUCCUAGUAACAACACGAAUUACAUUAAAACGGUAGAUGGAAGUCAUAUCCGCAGCGCUAAUGUUUUAGAAGCAGAAGAUGAACAUACCGUUAAAUCUGAGUUGUCAGAUGAAAACCAACAGAAAUCCGCAGAACCUUCGAAUAAUCAAGAAAAUGGAAAAGCUAAUGAUGAUAAAAACACAGACAAUGAGUCUGAAUCUGUGAAAGUAGAGAGUGCGGACACAGACGAAUGUAUAGAAAGCAUUGAAAACUUCAUAGCUCUGAUCACCAAGACUAUAACCAUAUCCUAAAUGUAUUAUAUUGAAUGGCCUUCGCAUAUUACCAGACUCAAUAGCUUUGGGCCUUAAGACCAUGUAGUUAUAAUGAUCUAAAAUUUUGCUGUAUAAGUAUAUAAUGUAAAAGGGCUGCUGGGCUGGUCCUCAAAUGCAUUUCACUAGAUUAUUCCAUAUUACAUAAGGUAAAAAAUAUAUUGUGUAAGAAGUUAGUAGAGCUGGUGCAACGCCAUAGCGACAAAUGAAAUGGCGACAAGACUCGAAAAUGUUUUUUAGAGACCGUCCUAUUUUUGAUACAUCUCUUGUAGAUGAAUUUAGAGUGAACGGUAAUAUUAGUUGUAAAAUAUUUCGUAUAGGUGCUAUUUAUAGAAUUUUGUAAAAGCAUGCAUUGCGCCAAUAAAUGCUUUGAUCAAUUGUGGUCCAACACCGUAGUAUUAAUCCUUAUUGCAAGUACAAAGAUGUGAUUGUUGAACAAAAAGUGUUCGCGCGCGUAUGCACCGUAAGCACGCUAUAGCAUGUUGACAGACUGAUGUGGUUCGACCCUAAAGGGGCUUAUCAUUAAAUAAAACCAUAAUAUAGGAUA